AUGGGUGGAGGGGUGUUCUACAUGGAAGAGGCCUCCGAAAGACUAACCUGGGGGAAGGCUAUAGGUAAUGGGCAAACUACAAGACUAUGGAAGCAUUCUUGGAUCUCCCUAGAAAAAAACCUAAAGCCUAUGGGUCCUGUUCAGGAAGCAGCACUUGACCUAACAGUUGCAGACCUGCUCACAUCGGAUUUGCAAUGGAAUAAACAGAGAAUAGAAAAAUUGUUACCGCUAUUCGUUGAUGAGAUCCAGUGUUUGCAACCGAGCUUGAGAGGGUUGGAAGACUCCUUCAUCUGGCAGAAUACCAAAUCUGGAGUUUACUCGACCAAAUCAGGCUACUAUGUAGCGUCUCUACCUACUACAAAUACACCAAUUGGUAUUCCAGAUACAGCUUUCAGUUGGAUAAAAGAUGUUUGGGCUGGGAAAUUUUCACCAAAUGUGAGAGCAUUCAUGUGGUCAGUGAUUCAUAAUGCACUUCCACUUGGGAAAAACCUGCAGGUUAGAGGCAACCUAUCAGCGGCUGCUUGUAUUAGAUGCAAAGAGGAAGAGACAGCAGUCCAUUGUUUCUUUACUUGCCCUUUCGCUGAAAAUGUCUGGAGUUUGAUUCCGCUACUCAGAGCAGUCCACAUAGCUGCCAAUGCCUCGCUCCAAGAGAUCGUGGUUCAAUUUAGGACUGUAGUGUGCCUCCCUUUAGUAGGUAUCUCACAUAAUAUCCUCCCUUGGAUCCUUUGGGCAAUUUGGACGUCUCGCAACAUUCUCUUGUUUGAAAACCGCUACAUAUCACCUGAAGAGACAGCAAGUAGAGGUUUGAGUUUAGCUAGAGAAUGGACACAAGCACAAGUAUCGACCAAGCAGUCUACUACAGUACCUUCGAGCAGUAGAGAACGCUCAGGACAAGAAAGAGAAGCUAGUACUCCCGGAAACCUAAUCAAUUGCUUGACCGACGCGGCUUGGGAUAAGAUGGGGAAGAACGCAGGCUUCGGAUGGGUCUUCGAAGGACAAUCUCUGGAAUCUCCGAUCCAUGGAUCAAUGGGACAAAGCUUCAUCGGCUCUUCACUCAUUGCAGAAGCAAUUGCGAUGCGAUCUACUCUGUGCUUGGCGCUAACUCUAGGCUUCUCAACGCUUAGGGUUUCCUCCGACAACUCAACGCUCAUCGGAGCAAUUUCUGGCAACAUUCAGUCAAAAGAAAUCAUCGGUAUAGUCUCAGACAUCCGCUCGAUCUCCUCUGGAUUUGCAUCAAUCGGAUUCUCUCGUCUCCAUAGAUCAAAGAACACUGUUGCUCAUAGUUUAGCAAAGAAGGCUCUUAACGUCUUUUCUUUUUCUGUGUAA